AUCUAUAAGCAGCCUUGGGUCUAUCCAAGGUUUUGUUCAAAGCCCCAAUGACUAAACCUCCACCCUUUGGCUGCUUCCUCUUAUUCUUCUCUUUCUUCUUCUUCUCCUCCUAUGUUGUUUUAGCACUCACGGACGCGGAGGCCUCCUUCAUUGCGCAAAGACAGCUCUUGACAUUACCUGAAAACGGCGAUCUUCCCGAUGAUAUCGAGUAUGAGGUUGAUCUCAAGGUGACAUUCGCCAAAAACAGGCUUAAGAGAGCGUACAUCGCUCUCCAAGCCUGGAAAAAAGCGGUUUUCUCUGACCCGUUUAACACCACAGGGAACUGGCAUGGUCCGCACGUGUGUGGCUACACGGGCGUGUUCUGCGCUCCAGCUCUUGAUGAUCCUAGCGUCGCAGUUGUUGCUGGUGUAGACCUGAACGGUGCGGAUAUCGCAGGGCAUUUACCGGUUGAGCUUGGUUUAAUGACGGACGUGGCCAUGUUCCAUCUGAAUUCAAACCGGUUUUGCGGUAUCAUACCCAAGAGUCUUGAUCGGUUGAAGCUAAUGCACGAGUUCGAUGUUAGCAACAACCGGUUCGUUGGACCUUUCCCGUCCGUUGUUCUCUCGUGGCCGGCCGUUAAGUACAUUGACUUAAGAUUCAACGAUUUCGAAGGCCAGGUCCCACCAACACUUUUCAAGAAGGAUCUUGAUGCAAUUUUCUUGAACAACAAUAGAUUCACUGCAACCAUUCCUGAGUCUCUUGGAGAUUCAUCAGUCUCGGUUGUGACUUUUGCUCACAACAAAUUCACCGGUUGUAUCCCUAAAAGUAUUGGAAACAUGAAGAAUCUCAACGAGAUCAUCUUCAAGGACAACAGUCUCGGUGGUUGUUUCCCGUCGGAGAUCGGAAAGCUAGCUAACGUGAACGUUUUCGACGCGAGUAUGAACUCAUUUACCGGUGUUUUACCACCGAGCUUUGUUGGGCUUACCGGUGUGGAAGAGUUUGAUAUCUCUGGGAAUAAACUCACUGGUUUUAUGCCGGAGAAUAUUUGCAAGUUGCCUAAUUUGGUUAACUUGACGUAUGCUUAUAAUUACUUUAACGGACAAGGCGAUUCUUGUGUUCCGGGGAGUCAGAAGCAGGUUGCUUUGGAUGAUAUACGUAACUGUUUGCCUGAUCGGCCUAAGCAACGAUCGGCUAAGGAAUGUGCGGUUGUGAUUAGCCGUCCGGUUGAUUGUAGUAAGGACAAGUGUGCUGGUGGUUCUAGCUCCGGUACACCGUCGAAGUCAAAACCGCCAUCACCGGUGCCAACUCGGCCGGUUCAGAAGCCACAGCCACCGAGAGAGUCACCAAAAAUAGAUGAUCCGUUUGACCAGUCUCCUGUGAAGUUCAGGCGUAGCCCACCUCCGCCACAACCGAUACAUUCACCACCACCGGUCCAUUCACCACCACCGCCGGUUCAUUCACCACCACCACCAGUACAUUCACCACCACCACCACCGGUUCAUUCACCACCACCACCAUCACCGGUAUAUUCACCACCACCGCCAGUCCAUUCACCUCCACCACCGAUUUGGAAAGUACAACCACCAAAAGAGUCACCACAACCAAACGAUCCAUAUGAUCAAUCUCCAGUGAAGUUCCGACGUAGCCCGCCUCCGCCACAACCAACCACGUCUCCCAGUGGUUCACCUCUCCACCACCACCGGUAUAUUCUC